UCUUACACAUAGCAACACGUAACAUAAAUUAUAAUAAUUGAAAUUAUUAAACAAAAUAAACAUUUUGAUUUAAAAUGUCCAAGAAAUUUGUUAUUGUCCUUUUAAUAAUGCUAUUAAUAGCUCUGUUCCAAAUGGUGCAAUGUCAAGAUACAUAUCCUGCUAAACAAGUAAUAAAAAAGUGUCAAUUUACUGAUGGCAAUAAAAAUUGUGUCUUUAAACCAGAGUCUAAACAUAUAAAAACCAUUAAAGAAUAUCCAAAGAGGAAUGAAUUAGCUCGUACCAAAUAUCUUAGAGGCGCAGUUAAAAACUGUAAGUUUAUUGAUCACAAUAAAAAAUGUAUCUCCACAGAAGUACGUCCAUUUAGCAUAUUUAAUACAAAAUAUCCAAAGAUGAAAAGUGUUAGACACGUAGGUGACAACUGUGAGUUUACUGAUCACAAUAACAAAUGUAUUCCCACAAUACUAAAUACAUCAUACGGAUUUAAUAAUAAAGAGCUUAAACCAUAUCCAAAGCAUAUUAAACUGUAGCUACCUGCUGGAUUGAAAAUUUUUUUGGCAAAUGGUUCUCAUGAGAAACUUACAAAAAUUAUUUAAUAAUACAAACGUUUUAAAUAAAAUUCA